UUUUUGGUUUUAUUCACCAGUGGGAAGUGGUUGAAGGAGGAAGUGCCCCAGGGUGAGAGUAAGGGAAAUCAGAGGCCCAGGAGACGCAGGACUGGAGCAUGUAGCCCAUCCUUGCUGACGGGCAGGCGCUACCUAAGCAAGGGUGUGCCAAGAUGCUCCUGGAGCUGCUGGUCCCCACCCUCUUCUGGAUCUCAGGCUGCUCCACUGCUCAGGAUAAAAUCACAGGUCCAAACAUGGUGAUCGGUCAGGAGCGGGGCUCCUUGACUGUGCGGUGCCAAUACAAUUCAUACUGGAAGGGUUACAAGAAAUACUGGUGCCAAGGAGCUGAUUGGAAUACAUGUGAGAUUCUCGUCAGAACUGACCUAUCUCAGAAGUUGGUGAAGAAGAACCGUGUGUCCAUCAGGGAUGACCAGACAGACUUCGUCGUCACAGUAACCAUGGAGAACCUGAGGACAAGUGAUGCCGGCAUUUACUGGUGUGGGAUCGAGAGAACCGGAUAUGAUCACGGGUUUAAAGUCAACGUGAAGAUUGAUCCAGCAACCCAAGCACCCACUACAGUGUUGACCACGCUCCCCAUCACCUCCACCACCACCAUGUUCACAGAGAGUACUGCUGUAAAUGGGACCAGCAUUUCCCCAUCGACGAGCAGCUCCUACUCCGUUGACAGUUCCAGCCCUGAUGUCGACAAUGGCGGUGGCAGUUCCAGCCCUGAUGUGGACAGUGACGAUGGUGACGGCGGAGGCAGUGGUCUUUUGGAUCUCACUGUGCUCCUCCCGGUUAUCUGUGCGGUGCUGUUGCUACUGCUGCUGGUGGCCUCGCUCUUUGCUUGGAGGAUGGUGAGGAGACAGAAGAAAGCUGCUGGGCCACACUCAGAGCAGGUAUCACAGUCUCUGGAAGGCGAUGUCUGUUAUGCAAACCUGUCCCUUCAGCAGCCCAGACCCUCCCAGGGUUUCCUUCGGAAAAAGGACUCCUGCAUGUCCUCCUCUGGCAAGGCCCCCCAAGAGGAAGUGGAGUAUGUCACCAUGGCUCCCUUCCCCAGGGAGGAGAUUUCAUAUGCAGCUCUGUCUUUGGUGGCCUUGGGUCAGGAGCCCAUUUACAACAACACCCACACUCCCAGCACGAACCUCGAGGAGUCCACGCAAUAUAGCAGCAUCAAGAGGCCCUAGCCUGUGGUCGUGCCUUGACCGUGGUCCCUGAAGAAGACUGGGAACAUGUUCCUGCCAUCUGCCUCUGUGUCUGCUUCCUAACCAGGCCUGGCGGGUGACUUGAACUCUGCCCAUCCAACUCUCAUGGCCUUUAGCUCUACUCUGAGCUUGGGGUCCAGCCUCAGGGGGUUCCAGCGAAUUAAGUGUCUCUCCACAUCCCUUCUUACAGCCAAGGUACCUUGAAAGUUGCUAUGGCUGGACGCUGCUUCAGGGAUGCUGUGUAAAUUGUAACAACAACAACAACAACAACAACAGUAAAAAUAGCAAUUAACCUCUAUGUAUUGUUUAUCAUAUGGCCCCCAAAGACAUUUUCAUCCUAAAGCCCAUAAUCUGUGAAUGCUCUUAUACAUUGAAAGACAGGUUAGGGUUUCAAGAUGAUUUUGUACUAUCUAAGCAGGCCCACAAUAGGAUCACAAGGGUCCCUCUAAAGAGGAAUAGAGCGAGUCAGAAAAAGAGGAUGUGCGGUAGGGACAGAAGUGAUAAGCAGGAACCAGGAUGUUGCCAAAGAAAGCAAGUGUGAGACUGUCCCCUGCAUGGGACCUCCAAGAAGAAUUAGGUCUGAGCUGAGUGGAACUGUGUACGAUGGCUUUCAGAAUUGCAGAAGAAUAAAGUUGCAUCGUUUUUAUUUA